AUGCUCGCCGAAUACCUGGCUUCGGCACGGCUUGCAACGGGUGUUGUGCUAGCGGGUAUUUUGAUCUUUAGUUUUGGCUAUGCUGCAUAUAACCGAUUCUUGCAUCCCCUCCGGCAUAUUCGGGGCCCAUUCCUUGCAUCCGUAACACCAUGGAUGCAGCUUUAUCAUGGGCUGAAGGGUGACCGGCACUUGUGGUUGCAUCAUCUGCACCAGCAGCACGGAUCGCACGUCCGCGUAGCUCCCAACUUCGUCUCCGUAAAUACUGCUCGAGGGCUUCGCGACAUAUACGCCCAUGGAAAGCCCUUUCAGAAGGCCGACUUUUACAACGGCUUCACCGCCAUCAAGGGCGUGUACAAUACUCAUAAUGUGAUUGACAAGACUGUGCACGGGAGGAAGCGUCGUGUCUUGAGCCAUGCUUUCUCAGACCAUGCUUUAAAGGAUAUGGAGGACGUCAUGUUGCUUCAUAUUCGCCAACUUUGUGCUAUUUUGGGAGAAGAUUCCCGCGAUGAUGGACGCGAUAUUAUCCUCGAAAAUGAGUAUAAGACUGACAAAGGCCUCGUAGUGCGCAACAUGAGCAACUGGCUAAGCUUUAUGACUUAUGAUGUCUUGGGGGAAUUGUGUUUUGGCAAGAGCUUUGAUCUGUUGAUAGACGGUGCCAAGCGGAGAAUGGUGCAUUUGGUAGAUCGGGCUGCUUACCGGCAUUACGUUUGCGGGCUCUGGAUGCCACUAGACAAAUGGGGUCUCGACAAGAUCUUCAUUAGAAACCUCACCAUGGACCGAUGGAACUUCAUUAAGAACUCGCGGGCUGAAGCCACGCAACGAGCUAAAGAAAGAGUUGAAGCCGGCCACGAAGCAAAGAAAGACUUCUUUUUCUACCUGUUAAAUGCAAAGGACCCGGAGACUAGCGAGGGCCUUUCCAUGCAGGAAUUAUGGGGCGAAGCAAAUGUAUUGAUGGUUGCAGGCAGUGAUACGACUUCGAGCAGUAUAGUAGCAACACUGUUCUACCUGGUCCGCCACGCUGGAGCUAUGGAAGCAUUGAAAAAGGAAGUGCGCUCGAGCUUCACAGAUGUCGAGCAAAUAGUUAGCGGGCCACAGCUGAGCGACCUUGCUUAUCUCAAAGCCUGUAUUGAUGAAGCUAUGCGUCUUGCCCCUGCUGUCCCUGGCGCCAUACCACGCGAGGCGAUGAGAGGAGGAGCCGAAGUCGAUGGUGUGUUUCUCCCAGCUGGCUCGGAGUGUGGCACGCCAGCAUACUCAAUCCACCGGCACCCAGACUAUUUCCGCGAGCCUCUGGCAUACCUCCCAGAACGGUGGAUUGAAGGGGCAACGUGCCCAUCUGCCUCGGGACUCUCGUGGACGCCCACCAAGAAUGAUGUCGAGGCGGCGCGGAACGCAUUCUGUCCAUUCAGCAUCGGGCCACGGGGCUGUAUUGGAAAGAGCAUGGCGCUGAUGGAGAUGCGCAUCACGUUGGCCAGGCUGAUCUAUUUGUUUGACAUUGAGUUGGCGGACAGAACUGGCGAGGACGUCGACGGCCAUCUAGCAUUGACGGAUCAUUUUGUGGUGGCGAAGACCGGGCCCAAUGUUGUUGUUCGGCGACGACAGGAUUUGUAA